AUGAUUCCACCCGUCAUUUUUCGCUGCAUGUUACAAUUAGAAUACAUUAAAGUUAAUGCAUUCUGUCUCAAUAGAAUGGGCUCUGAAGCUACACAAUUAUAUAGAAAAAUACUGAAUAACCUUCGUAAUGAAAUUUCACAUAUUUGUGUUUUAAAUGCAUGUUCCCAUUCGGGUCUUCUACAAGAAGCUUGGAGUAUUUUUAAUGAUAUUCCUUUCAAGACAGAAAGAAUAUUUACUAUGAUGGUUGAUUGUUUAAGUCGUUUAUUUCUAUUUGAUGAAACACAAAAUUUGAUUAGUGAAUAUGAAAAAACAAAUAAAACACGUGUAAUCAUGUAUACAUCGUUAUUAUCCGGUGUACGUAAUAAUCGAAAUCGUUAUUUAUCUGAGAAGAUAUUUAAUCGAAUGAAAUCUUUAUUUCCUGAUCAAAAACAAGAUCUUGUAGCAGGAGUAAUUCUUCUUUCAAAUAUUUAUUCGUCGGUGCGAGAACAUGAACUAGCAACAACUUUUCGAUAUAAUCAAAUAAAAUAUUUAGGAAAACAUGUCAAACUUGGAUUAUCAUGA